AUGGCAGCUUCUCACUUCAAGGCGACCGCCUUUGCAGCCGUCUGUCUUUUGCUGGCCAUCCAGGCGAAUGCAUACACCAUGGAAGAUAUGUGCCAGCAGUGGUCAGAAAAUGGAUACAUUGGCAAUCCGUCCGAUUGCACCGGCUGGGGAUACUGUCAGUCCCAGCAGCUUGUGUCUUAUGGCUACUGUGCCCAGGGACAGGUAUAUGAUCCGCAAUCUAGCACGUGUAAAUUCAACACCAACACAGCGUGCACAACCAGUGCGGUUCAGACAUGUAGUGUGUUAACGACACCUGGCUUUGUCGCCGAUCCGACCGAUUGCACCCAAUAUGCUUAUUGCUUUGGCAAUGGCAAGUACCAAAUGCAAUCGUGUCCGACUGGUCAACAGUAUGCCGCUAACAAUAACACAUGCGUGUGGGGACCGUCCUGUCCUCAGAAUAAUAUCUGUCGCUUCAUGAAGAACAACAUCUUCGUCGGUGAUCCAGACAAUUGCGGCCAAUAUUUGCAGUGCGUCGAGGGCUAUGGAGUAUGGGGACAGUGCAAAAAUAAUCAAUAUUAUAAUGCUGCUCUCGGAAGCUGUCAGGCUAAUGAUCCCUGCGAAGAUACGCCCGGAAAUGACUCACCCGGUAAUCUCCCACCAAAGGGACCGGCCAACUGCGAAGGGAUAUCGACAUUCUCUCCCGAUUCCGCAACAUGUUACGGAUAUUUUUAUUGCGAGAGCACAACAUCUUCACCCGUUUGGGGAACAUGUCCUUUCGGAUUGGAAUUUGACUCAGAAAGUUCACAAUGUGUGUCACCCAUUUCCACAAGCUGUACUUAUAAUCGCUGUGCAAAUACAAAUUUGACAUAUGCGGCCGUAUCAUACACAGGGUGUAAACAGUAUACAUAUUGUCCAACUGGUCAAACUGCCUAUUGUCAACCAGGCUAUGAAUAUUUUGAUGAAGUAGCAGGGAGAUGUGUGACAACCCAGCCAUGGUACACCAUUUGUAAAGCCACAUCCACUACAUAACCUUCUUACAAAUAAUGACAAAUGGAAAGUAUUCGCAAUUUUUAACUAUUGUUCUAAAUGUA